AAGAAUACUAGUUGGUGUAGCCGCGUUUUUAAAACGAUCAACUGAAAAAAUUAUUGCUUAUUUAACCUGAAAACUGAAAACUGAGAAUGUGUCUUACUUGGCAGAUUGCAGUGGUCUUGUUAGUUAUUUUCACAGAACAAGAUGUACAAGGUUUGGCGUUGAACCUCACUGGUCCUGAUAAAGCUGUACUGAAUGAAAGCUACACCUUCCAUUGCCAAGCGUCACCAGCAGACGAGGUCCAGGGUCCUUUUAGUUUCACUAGAAAAGGAACUGCUGUUUGUACAGUUCUGUCAGACUGUCGUCUAUUAGGUGUUGUUCCUGGUUACCCCUGUGGAUGUGCUGGUGACGGUGAAGCAACCAGAAUCUACAACAUGACAAUUAUCAAUGUCACACUGACAGAUGAAGCAGACUGGACAUGCAAGCAAAUAGAUGAUAUUAGCAACAGUUUCCAUUUAACAGUUCUCUCUCCAGUGAAUAAUGUCAGCAUUGAAAUAUCUGGAUCAAUGUCAGAUUCGGUUAAUAUCACAGAAGGAAACCCAUCUGUUUUUUCCUGUGUCAUACAAGGUGCAAAACCAGCUCCCAGUGUCUCGCAGGUCACGUGGUACAGAGAGGUGUCACCAGGCAAUAACGAGUCACUGCCAGGUAUUCCAGGAAACACGACAACCUCAGACAGAACCACAUCAAUCAAUCUGACGUAUACGGCUCGCAGACAAGACCAGGGACAGAAGGUGUUCUGUGCUGCAACAAACAGCUUGAUGGUAAACCGGAGUGUCCCUGCUGUUAGCUCAGGUAACAAGAUACAGCUGAACAUCCAAGCUGUAGGAACUGCAACAAUUGUUUGCACAGGUGGUGCAUUUCGUGGAGAGAAGGCAACACUAGUCUGCAAAAUAACAAACCCUAUAGUUGGUGGAAUGCGAAUUAUCCGACCAAAUAGUGGAACACAACAACAGGUGAUACAAUGCAACACUAGUAAUACUAAAUGUAUACUACGAGAUGGUGUGACUGGAUACAGCUAUGUCACUGACUCUUCUUCACAAACCACUCUAACUAUACACUCAUUCAACCCUAGCACAGAUGAAGGAGAAUGGAUUUGUCGUGAUGGACUAACUGGUAUUGGAGAAGCUACCUGCAACAUGAGUCUCUUUUAUGAAGCUAUUCUUGAAAUAGACCCGUGUCCUUCAAACUGGUUUGAUGGAGUGCCACUGAAUGUGACCUGUGUUCUCAAGGAUGGUGCCAUUGGCGGAAGUAUGUUUAUCAGCAAAAAUAAUCAACCGAACGUACAGUGUAAUUCUACAUUUGGUGACUGUUUUUCCUUUGAUCCAGGCCGUUACGAUGUUGUAGGAGUUCCUUCGGUGUCUGUAACAAUGCUGAUAAAAAGUUUUGAGAAAGGCAGAGACGAUACAGAAUGGAUUUGCAUUGAUUUUACCCACGUACCAGCACCACCUUCUUGUAAGAUUACAUUGUCAGCUCCAUAUGGUGUAAAAGGUGAAAAUGUGACCACAUUAACGAAAGUUACUCUGCCAUUCAGUGUUUCGGUGACUGGAAGCUGUACUUACCUCCUCCCAGACUGUACUUGGAUACGCAAGAUACAGGGCGAGUCUGAAGAAAGAGUACCAGAUAAUCUAACAUCCAUAACCAACACAAACACAUCUUGUAAUUCAGGAGAUCAACAAGCAACUUGCACCUUCAAGUUUGACUAUGACUCUGUGCCGGCAGGGUUUGUAGGAAAACAUGUGUCUCUGCGUGUGUCGAUUACCCAUGCAUCGUUGAUUGGAAACUCAACUCCCAUAGAAAUCGUCAACUCAGGAGUGAUUUUCACAGUUGGCCCAGACACUAUUACCUUAAUUCCAUCACCACCAGCUGAAAUGAGAGAAGGCAGCAAGGUGAUAGUAAACUGUACCUCAGACUGUCUCCCACGAUGUUCUUUCUCUUGGACAUGGGGAAAAGAAAGCAUCAGUUCAACCUCUUCGUUAAUACUGGAAAACAUCGGAAAGAAGCAGGCAGGAGCUUACAUGUGUACAGUAACCAACACCAUUUCAUUAAUAUCAAGAAAUAAAACAUUCCACCUCUCUUUUCCCGAUGAUCCAGAACGCAUGUCUUCCUUAAGUGCAGGUGCUAUAUCGGGAAUUGUGAUCGCUGUUGUUCUGGCUUUUGCUAUUCCUACUGUGUGGAUACUUUAUAAGAGAAAUAAAAGACAACCAGAUGCUGUGGAAGAGAAUACUGAUAACAGAACUCAGAAGAGUGAAAUUGAGAGAAGUCAAAUUGAUAACCCUGCAUUCACCAAGCCAGAAUAAGUAGUUGUGAAGUUACUGACUAAUUAAUUGAGUAACGAUUUGUCAUCGCCAGUGAUGUUUUGAUUAAUGCAGUCCAUCGACAAUUCCGCACAAAUAAUAAGACAUAUUGAUCGAGUACACUUUUGACGAUCUGAUCUAUUACAUAGUUUUCUGGUGGCCGAUGAACCAAUUAUUAAGUUAAGUGUUAAAUUUACUUGAAAUUACUCUUUAAUCCUGACAAAAUAAGCAUACAUUUAAUGUACAGCCACGGUUCAGGUUCAGGGGUCAAUUGUUCCCAAAGGAUCAUUCAAUUUAAGAGCGAUGAGUGAUUAACACAAUAAUGUUUGGGUGUCUACACAAAAACGUGAUCAUCACUGGCAACCAGGUUACAUAUUAUUUCAACCCCUGCAUAGAUAACACACACUGGUAAAUUACUAUUACUAUGUACAUGAACAACAAUAUUUUACAGCGAACAGUACUUGUAGUUUCUCCACUUGCAAACACAUACCACUACUAUUUUACAGCGAACAGUACUUCUAGUUUCCCUACUUGCAAACACAUACCACUACUAUUUUACAGUGAACAGUACUUCUAGUUUCCCCACUUGCAAACACAUACCACUACUAUUUUACAGCGAACAGUACUUCUAGUUUCCCUACUUGCAAACACAUACCACUACUAUUUUACAGUGAACAGUACUUCUAGUUUCCCCACUUGCAAACACAUACCUCUACUAUUUUACAGUGAACAGUACUUCUAGUUUCCCCACAUGCAAACACAUACCUCUACUAUUUAACAGUGAACAGUACUUCUAGGUUCCCCACUUGCAAACACAUACCACUACUAUUUUUGUUAAUGUAUAUAUUUAAAUGUAUCAUGGUUACUUAUUCAUUAGAUGGACUUAGGUUUACGUUUUUUAGUGUCACACUUUGUGGGCUUAGUCCGGGAGCCAAGACUUCGUGUAUUACAUUUUUACUCAUUUCAUCCUACCCUAUGUAAAUUUAGUUAUACAUUUUUUGGCAUAUCCCAGUAAAUGCAGAAAAUUAACAAAAGUGGUUUUUUAGUGUGACCAGGAAUGGGUUAAUAUUCAUAAAAUGGUUUCUAAAACUGGACUGGACCUCAUGAAUAAACGUUGUCAUAAGCAAACCAAAUGUUUUACAAUGAGUAUUUUACAAGAAAUGGAGAAAUAUCUUAAUUGUACAUUGCAUACAAAAAGUAAAUAUCUGAAAUUGAAACAAGAACCCACCACACCCAACAAAAAAACAAAACCCAAC